AAGUGCAAGGACCCAAGUUUGAUCCCUGGUACCAAACAAAACAAAACAAAAGAAGACAGUUUAUUUGGAAAAAGGGAAAAAAGGGAAGAUAGCUACUCUGGGAGAGUAGGGGCCAUGAGAAGUGAAUACCUGUGGAUGUUUGUCCUCAGCUACUUUUUAUUUAGGACUAGUGAUUUCUCCCAUCCCUCAUGUGGGCACCUGGGAGUCACUGCCCUGGGACUGGCCUUCUGGCUGUCUUUGAUUCUAACCUGAGCCCCCUAUCUACAUUCCUUCUUUGUGAUGGAUAAGUGAGGAGGGCCUUAUAGAAAGAUAACUUAGAGUUAAUGAUUAAGUAAAGGGAACAUGUGUGUUUUAUGUAUUAAAUAAGAACCCUCGGGUGGCUGCUCCUUAUCUCCUUUGCAUUGUAUGGGGGGAAGGUUCCUGGCUACAAGCCUGUGUUUCCUGUUACUCUUCUCCUAAGUUCUUAUGUUGUGUUACCUGGCCUUCCUGAAUCUGGUUUCUCUCUCUACCAUUACCUUUCUUUCUUUCUUUUUUUUGGUACCAGGGAUCGAACUCGGGACCUUUCGCUUCUGAACCAGGCGUGGGAACCACUGAGCUAAAUCCCCGGCACACCUUUGUCUAAUUGCUGGAGUCUAACUGCAGAGGCAAAAGCUGCCUUUAACGCAGACCUGAGGACCCAGCCGGGCACCAGCCGCAGCAAAGUGGCCAUGCCAGACUCUCAGCCCGCUCUCCCCACUGUUCGGCAGCAGCUGAACCCGGAAGUAACAGCCCGGAAGUUCUGGGGAGGCCUCAGCCUGCUCCGCGUGCUGUGGUGCCUGCUCCCGCAGACGGGUUACGUGCACCCUGAUGAGUUCUUCCAGUCGCCGGAGGUCAUGGCAGAGGACAUCCUGGGUGUGCAGGCCACGCGGCCCUGGGAGUUCUAUGCCAGCAGCUCCUGCCGCACCGCAGUCUUCCCACUGCUGACUUCUGGCUCUGCCUUCUGGGUACUCCGGCUCUGGGAGGAGCUGGGGCUGUGGCCAGGCCCCGUGAGUGGCUACGCGCUGCUGGUAGGACCCCGGCUUCUCCUCACCGCCCUCUCCUUUGCCCUGGACCGGGCUGUGUACCACCUGGCCCCACUGUGGGGCGCAGAUCGCUGGCGUGCCCUGGUCCUGCUGUCCGGGUCCUACGUCACCCUGGUGUUCUAUACCAGGACCUUCUCCAAUGCCAUCGAGGGGCUUCUCUUCACAUGGCUGCUGGUGCUGGUAUCCCCUCACCUGGCAUGGUGCCUCACACCCAAGAAACCUGCCUCAGGCCCAUGGUGGCACAGCUGCCUUCUUGGGGCUGUGGUGGCUGCUGGCUUCUUCAACCGGCCCACAUUCCUGGCCUUCGCCCUGGUCCCCCUCCUCCUCUGGGGCCAGCGCGGAGCCCGGCAGCCCAGCUUGAAGUCCCUGGCCCAGGAGGGCCUGGCGCUACUCCCUGGGGCAGCCCUUGCCACAGGGGCCUUCGUGGCUGUGGACAGCUGGUACUUCUCCAGCCUCUCCAGGUCUAACAGCCUGGUCUUCACACCUGCCAACUUCCUGCGCUACAACCUGGAUCCCCAAAACCUUGCCAGGCACGGCACACAUACGCGGCUCACCCACCUGGCCCUCAAUGGCUUCCUGCUCUUCGGGGUGCUGCACGCCCAGGCACUGCAGGCCUCAUGGCAGCAGCUGCAAGUGGGCCUCCGGGUGUGGGCACAGAUGGGCCUUGGGAGGGUGCCGGGCACCCUGAACUUGCUAUCCAACCCCCGUGCAUCCCUCCUCCUCCUCUACUUCGUGCCCCUGGCCCUGCUGUCUGCCUUCAGCCACCAGGAGGCUCGGUUCCUCAUCCCCCUCCUCAUCCCCCUAGUCCUGCUGUGCAGCCCACGGACCCACCCUGUGCCCUGGAAGGGCACCCUGGUCCUCUUCAAUGCCAUCGGUGCCCUCUUCUUCGGCUGCUUGCAUCAGGGAGGCCUGGUACCCGGCCUGAGGGUCCUCGAGCAGGUGGUCCAUGGCCCCGUGCGCCCAGGCCUGCCGACCCACUACACGCUCCUCUUCACUCGCACCUACAUGCCGCCCCAGCACCUCCUGCACCUCCCAGGCUUCGAGUCACCCGUGGAGGUGGUGGACAUGGGUGGGACUGAGGACUGGGUCCUGUGCCAAGCUGUGAAGAACUUCACCAGACAGCCGGCUUGCCAGGUGGCCGGUGGGCCAUGGCUCUGCCGCCUCUUUGUGGUGAUGCCUGGGACCACCAGGCACAUCGUGGAGAAGUGCAGCUUCCCUCUCAAGAACCAGACACUCGUGUUUCCCCACCUGACCCUGGAGGACCCACCGAGCCUGUCCUCCCUGCUGAGUGGGGACUGGGGGGACCACCUUAGCUUGCACAUCAUGGAGCUGGAGGACAUGCCUGAGGGUACAACACAGUAGUCACUGCCCAAGGUACGGCCGUAGAGGGGCCCUCCAGCUGGGCCAGACAUGGGACAGGCCCUGGCCCCCCGCAUUCCCACUGCCACCUCUCCCAGGCAUGGCCAUUGGUUGUUCUGCCUUCUGGGUGAGCCUGUGCUCUACUCAGACACCGUAGACCAGGCCUGUCACAGUCCUGAUGCUAAGGUCCCCAAAGAUCGGUGGUGUAACCAAUGGCACCUAAUGUCUGUCCCUAACCUAUUGCUUCCAGCUACUGUUAAUGUUUUAAAUAUAUAGUAGUAACUGGUUGUGAAUAAAAGAUAAUAAACUGCCAAUGACA